AUAGAAUAACGUGUACAAAUCAAAAUGGCGGCUAGACCUGAGUCACGUUUGGAUGGCGACGCCGCGCCAUCUUUUACGGACUUAAACAACUUAGCUGCUGCUGAGGUUGGCGGUGACGUUGUCUUUGCCACAGAUGACUGGUUUGCAAUAUCUGUCAACAUGCUAAAGUCCGAUCCACCAGAGUGGAGAGAAGGGGUCUUCACAGCCUCUGGAAAGUGGAUGGAUGGAUGGGAAACAAGAAGGAAAAGGAUUGCACAUCAUGAUUGGUGUAUCAUCAAGUUGGGUAUUCCAGGAAUCAUCAAGGGCUUGGAUAUUGAUACUUCGUAUUUUACUGGGAAUUAUCCUCCAAGAGCGUCAAUCCAGGCAGCUUGUUUACCCGAAGAUGUGGAAUUUCCAGAGUAUGCAAAAGAAUUAGGAUCCUGUGCAACAUUAGAUCAGAUGGAAGAAAUAAAAACAAUAAAAUCAGAGGAAUGGACAGAAAUAUUGCCAAGAAGUAAUCUUAAACCUGGAUAUAAAGACACAUGUCACAACUAUUUUCCAGUUAAUUCAGAAACAAGAUUCACACAUCUGAGGUUGAACCUGUUUCCUGAUGGUGGAAUGGCAAGACUCAAGGUCUAUGGGUAUGCUCUAAAGGAUUGGAGCAAGAUCUCCCCAGACAAGAUGAUCGACUUGGCAGCCAUGCUAAAUGGAGGAAUAGCCUUAUCUUGGAGUAACAAACAUUAUGGUCACCCUAGAAACCUGGUAGCUCCAGGAAGAGCUCCAAACAUGGGAAGUGGAUGGGAAACAGCCAGACGACUUGAUAGACCACCAAUUCUACAGUACAGGAAAGAUGGAUGCAUUGAUUUUCAAGGUCACGAAUGGGCAAUCCUAAAGCUUGGUCACCCAGGAAUUGUAAAGAAGAUUGAAGUUGACACUAAUCAUUUUAAAGGAAACUUCCCUGACUCCUGUAUUAUUGAAGGAUGUGCAAUGGAUGCUGAGACUGAGAAUGUGUUUUCAAGUAGUCCAGAACAUGUGAAUUUACCUUGGAAAAUGCUCUUGCCAUCAAGCAAACUUGCACCACAUAAACGGCACCUUUACACCAGUGAAGUACAAGACUGUGGUAUUAUCACUCAUGUGAAGGUCACUAUUUACCCGGAUGGUGGAAUAAGCCGCCUAAGGUUGUACGGCUAUCCAAGAACAUGGAAUGGACACCAAAAAAACUUCUAAACUCUGAGAUGUGCUAAUGGCAGAAUAACCCUUCCAACCCCUCCCUUGCUUCUAGACCUAAAUAGAGAUUAACUUGAAAUAAAUCCAUGAUAUUUUAUUAAUAUUUUCUACAUAUUAAUUUUCUAACAAUAAUUACUAUUUAUUUCUAAACUCUUUGUAUAAUGCGAUUGGAUCUCCUAAAAAAAUGUGAGACAGUUCUUAACUAAUACUAGAUACUAGUUCACUUCACCCUAAUAAAUUAUUGACCACAUUUAAAACUAACUUCUGAGAUUGGAAAACAAAAGGAGAAAUCAGAAUAACGAAGCAAGCCACUCAUGGAUUUGAGGCUAAGCUCACAUACAGUACAGUAUAAAAUGGAUAAUCAUAAUGAUCUAUAAAAUAAGAUAGCAGAUUCACCUACUGAGAGCUUUAAACUAUACAAUCUAGUAUAAGUAAAAAUGGAUUUGGAUUUCACAAAUGUGAGAACAUUCUUGCCUAAAACUGGAUUCAAUUUCACAAAGAUUUGAGGCACUAUCUACAAUUAAGGCAAUUUCAAACAAAAUUUGGUACAAAGAACAAAAAUAUGAUAAUAUUCCUGUUUAAUACUAUUUGUGUACUAGGUACUUUGUUAAAAAGUUGAAAUAUAUAAUAUUAAAAUAAUUACCGGUAUUGUCAUUGUUGUAAUACUAGCUAGCUUUCAAUGAAUUAAUUUAUAAUUAAACCUUGUAUCUACAUCUAAUAAGAAUGGUUGUAUUAUUUUAUCAAAACAUUAGGCAAUAUUUUAGUAAUAUACUGUAUUAUAUAUAGAGCUGUUAAGUGUGACGUAAUUCGAAUGAAAGACGACUUCCCGGUCCAAUUUAUUAAUAACUUAUACAGACAUUUUUCUGUGUUUUUUCUUCAUAGCAAGACUUUCUGUUCAUAUAUCUAAUUGUUGAAAGUAGAGAAUAAAACCUGGGAAUAAGUUGUUGCAAGAUUUUAGCGAUCUUUUUGUGUGAUUGGAGUCGGAAAUACGUCACGACUUAAAAAGCCUAUAGUUUAAUAUAGUAUUAUUCUUAGAGUGGAUUUUUAUAAACCACGAAACAAAAUGUACUAAUUAGAGUGUAAAAGUCAGAUAAAACACUACAGAAAACAAGAGAAUUAGAGUGUAAUAGUACUAAAUAAGCUAAAGUGCAUUUCAUGGGUUUAUGAAAAACACUCUAUUUUUCAUUGUGAUGAACGAUUGAUUUUGAAGUGUAUUACCUUUUCUUUCCUUUUCUUUUCUUCUUUCUCGGUAUUUCUCUCUUCCUUUCUUUCUUUCUUUUUUUUUUUUUUUUCGUGGAAAAUCCUCACUGUCUAUUUUGUACGACCGACUAAUUGGUCUAUAAAUAUGUGUAUUAAUUAAAUAUGCAAAAUAAUCAGAAAUUAAGAUAAAUAAUUGUGCAUGUCAUUGUUAAGUUAAUUGUCGGUUUUGCUAUGAUAAAAUAUUUUCUUGCGAAGAA